CACAAAUACACAACACAAACCUCUCUCUCUCUCUCUCUCUCUCUCUCUCUCUCUCUCUCUCAUGGAGUCCCCUUCUCGCUCCUCCGUCAUCAUCAUCGGUGCCGGAGUCUCCGGUUUAUCGGCGGCGAAGGUUUUGAUCGAGAACGGCGUGGAGGACGUAGUGAUUCUGGAAGCUUCAGACCGUAUCGGCGGCAGGAUCCGAAAACAAGAUUUCGGAGGCUUGUCGGUGGAGCUCGGCGCCGGCUGGAUAGUCGGCGUCGGAGGCAGAGAGUCGAACCCAGUCUGGGAGCUUGCCCAGAAAUCGAAUCUCCGCACUUUCUUCUCCGAUUACAGCAAUGCUCGCUUCAACAUCUACGAUCAAAGUGGGAAGAUAUUUCCGAGUGGAAUCGCCGCGGACUCGUACAAGAAGGCCGUGGAGUCGGCGAUGCAAAAGCUGAAGAAGUCUGAAGCCGACUCUUGCUAUGGUGGUGGCGACGUCACCAGAGCCGCCGAAUCGUCUUCUACGCCAAAAACGCCGAUAGAGCUGGCUAUUGAUUUCAUCCUGCACGAUUUUGAGAUGCCAGAAGGUGAGCCCAUAUCAACAUUCCAAGACUUCGGAGAACGAGAGUUUUUAGUGGCGGAUGAAAGAGGGUAUGAGCAUCUGCUAUACAAAAUGGCUGGAGAUUUUCUUUUCACCUCCGAGGGUAAACUGUUGGACAAUCGUCUCAAGUUCAACAAGGUUGUUCGGGAGUUGCAGCACUCGAGAAACGGCGUUACGGUAAUGACGGAGGAUGGUUGCGUCUACGAAGCAAAUUACGUGAUUUUGUCUGUUAGCAUUGGCGUUCUCCAAAGCGAGCUCAUUGCCUUCAAUCCACCUUUGCCCAGGUGGAAAACUGAGGCUAUACAGAAAUGUGAUGUAAUAGUGUACACAAAGAUCUUUCUCAAGUUCCCCUAUAAGUUUUGGCCUUGUGGCCCGGGAAAAGAGUUCUUCAUCUAUGCCCAUGAGCGGAGAGGCUACUACACAUUUUGGCAGCACAUGGAGAAUGCAUAUCCUGGAUCCAAUAUACUGGUCGUGACGUUGACGAAUGAGGAAUCGAAGCGUGUAGAAGCUCAGUCUGAUGAGGAAACAUUGAAAGAAGCCAUGGGGGCUCUUAGGGACAUGUUUGGACCCAGCAUUCCUGAAGCUACUGAUAUAUUUGUACCUCGGUGGUGGAACAAUAGGUUCCAGCGAGGCAGCUAUAGCAACUACCCAGUAAUCUCUAAUGGCCAAGUUGUUCGUGACAUCAAGGCCCCAUUAGGCUGCAUCUUCUUCAGUGGGGAACACACAAGCGAGAGAUAUAGCGGCUAUGUCCAUGGCGGAUACCUUGCAGGUAUUGAGACGGGUAAAGCUUUGCUGGAAGAAAUAGAAAAGGAAAAAGAAAGGAGUAUUGAGAGUGAGAAUCAAACAUUUUUGUUAGAACCCUUGCUUGCAUUGACUGGUUCAUUAAGUAUGACGCAAAACGAUGCUGUAUCGAGUCUCAAAUGCGAUAUUCCUAGACAAUUGUAUCUAAGUGGCAAAGUUGGCGUCCCGGAGCUUUAUUAUGACUAUGUGGACCUAUAGAAAAACCUCAGUAUGAUGAUGAUGAUGUUAAAAACAUGAGCAUUGAGAUAGAUCUCACACGAUGGAGUUGAAAUAAUUUCUGUUUAAAUCCGUGAUGCCGUUUACGAAGUUGAAUCAAGUGAGAGAUACAGGAGCAACAUAGCUGGGAAAGAUGUAAGUGUAGUAGUAUGAUUCAUAAUGGUAUACUUGGGGGAUGAAAUUAACGAAGUUGCAAUGGUUUUGGCUCCAAAUGGAACUGGUAUUUGGGAGAAUAUAUCUAAU